AUGGGUAAAAAUAGCCACGCACCUGUGCCGGCCAGUCCAGGCCCUCAACAGCUGCCAAAGGGGACACUGCAGGACAGAUCUAAGCCCAGGAACUCAGGAUGGGAGAUGAGGAGCUCUGCUCAUUUCCCAUCAUCCUGGUCUGCGCCUCCCGCGUGCAACCGGGGAGGGUGGCGGGAUGUGGGGGGGACUGGGGGUGCCGGGACCACUUUGACUCUGACUCUGCUCUCUGGCCUCCAGAAACGCAACAGGGCCAUCACGGCCCGCAGGCAGCACCUGAAGAGUGUGAUGCUGCAGAUUGCGGCCACAGAGCUGGAGAAGGAGGAGAGCCGCAAGCAGUCAGAGAAGGAGAACUACAUGGCCGAGCACUGCCCACCGCUGCACGUCCCCGGCUCCAUGACCGAAGUGCAGGAGCUCUGCAAGCAGCUGCACGCCAAGAUCGACGAGGCGGAGGAAGAGAAGUAUGACAUGGAAGUCAAAGUGCAGAAGAGCACCAAGGAGCUGGAGGACAUGAACCAGAAGCUCUUCGACCUGAGGGGUAAGUUCAAGCGGCCCCCACUGCGGAGAGUGCGCAUGUCGGCCGACGCCAUGCUGAAGGCGCUGCUGGGCUCCAAGCACAAGGUGUGCAUGGACCUGAGGGCCAACCUGAAGCAGGUCAAGAAGGAGGACACCGAGAAGGAGCGGGACCUGAGGGACGUGGGCGACUGGCGGAAGAACAUCGAAGAGAAGUCUGGCAUGGAAGGUCGCAAGAAGAUGUUCGAGUCCGAGUCCUAG